UAUAUUUGUAUGGUUUUCCAAGACCUUUUGGGUGGGAAUUCAAAUUUCCUGGUAUGACUCUAUCAUAUCUGUAUUCAUAUUUUUCUGGUAUACCCAAUUCUCUACUAUAUAUGUAUAUAUUUAUACGGGUUUCCAAGGGAUUUUGAGUGGGAAUUAGGAGUACUAUUCUGGCUUAUCAAAACUCUACAUAAUUUCCGAUUUUUAUCUUCUUUGAUACCUGAGUUAACAUGUGUUAACUCUAUGCUCAUUACUGAUUCCAUUUUUUUCGGAUCAAAGUAUGCUGCGAAGUUGAUGUGAGUUAGGUCUUUACUGAUUUCUGUUCGUUCAAUUAAGACGAACAUAGAUAGUCUAAAUAAAACAUAUAUAGUUUUAUAAAGUGAGCUCGCAACCGUGGUAGCAUGCUGUGGACGGUGCAUCUGGACGGCGGGCCGCAGCGGGUGAAUCAUGCCGCCGUUGGCGUUGGGGACUUCAUCUAUAGCUUUGGGGGCUAUUGCACCGGCGACGAUUAUCGCUUCAAUGAGCCGAUCGAUGUCCAUGUGCUGAACGUGCACUCGCUGCGCUGGACUCUGGUGCCGCAGCAAUGCGAUUCGGAUGGGGAUCCGUUGAAGUAUCCGCUGGUGCCGUUCCAGCGCUAUGGCCACACUGUUGUCGCCUACAAGGAGCGCAUCUACAUCUGGGGCGGCCGCAAUGAUGAGCAUCUCUGCAAUGUGCUCUAUUGCUUCGAUCCGAAGACGGCGCGCUGGACUCGUCCGACGGUCAGCGGCUGCCUGCCGGGCGCUCGGGAUGGCCACUCGGCGUGCGUCAUUGGCCAUUGCAUGUACAUCUUCGGGGGAUUUGUGGACGAGAUCAAUGAGUUCAGCAGCGAUGUGCAUGCGCUCAAUCUGGACACAAUGGAAUGGCGCUAUGUGCAAACGUUCGGUGUGCCGCCGACCUAUCGGGAUUUUCAUGCCGCCGUUGCUUACGAGGAGGAACGCAUGUAUAUCUUUGGGGGGCGUGGCGACAAGCACAGCCCAUACCACAGCCAGGAGGAGACCUACUGCCAUGAGAUUGUCUACCUGGACAUGAAGACGAAGGUGUGGCAUCGCCCCUUCACCGCCGGCAAAGUGCCCGUGGGACGACGCAGCCACAGCAUGUUCGUGCACAAUAAACUGAUCUUCGUGUUUGGCGGCUACAAUGGACUAUUGGAUCAGCACUUUAACGAUCUGUACACCUUUGAUCCGCGCACCAAAUUGUGGAAUCUGGUGCGCGCCAACGGACAGGCGCCAACGGCUCGACGACGCCAGUGCGCCAUUGUCAUGGGCACGCGCAUGUUCCUCUUUGGCGGCACAAGUCCGCGCUGCGCCAUACCGCAGGCACCGACGGCGGUAUCGCGUGCCAAUGAUUCGACACAGCCAACACAGCAGCAGCAGCAGCAGCAGCAGCCGCAGCAAGAACAACAGCAACAGCAGCAGCCGGCAGCAGCAGCAGCAGCAGCAGCCGCAGCAGCAGCAACAACCACAUUGAUCGAUUACAGUGAUUUGCAUGUGCUAGACUUUGAGCCCACACUGAAGACGCUGGCCACAAUGGUGGUGCUGAAGCAUCAAUUGGACAUCUCGGGCCUGCCGCGCAGCUUCCGUGCGGACCUGAACAUGCUCACACAGCCGAACAGUAUUACGCGACCGAUCAACCAGGCCGGCUAGCAUUUAUUGUUAUUACCGUUACCGUUACGACUGUUGUGCACAUCUAACACUAAACGACUCUAAGCACAUAGUUAAUACUAUAUACAUAUAUAUAUAUAAAUAUAUAUAUUUAUAUAUAUAUGUAUGUACACACAGUUGGGUUGCUGCAGCCAGCUGCGAGGCUUCCUGGCCACUCGGAGAGAAAUAUUUAGCUUAACUUAAACACACACGCUUCUGAACAAAACGCUUGCAGAGAGGCGGAUUGCACUAGUCCCAGUAGUCGUCGAGCAAUCCAACCGAUCUCUUCCGAAUGUGCUCGAAAUAUCGAAAUGACACCACACACACACACA